UUCGUUUCGAAUAGAGCUGCAAAUGGAGGUGUAUUUUAUUUGAAAGGAGCUACAUUUUCAGAUUUCAACUCUGAGUUCAUUUCAAAUGAAGCACUUUCUGGAUUUUUCGAUUGUAAUAACCUUGUAGAAUGUGGAAGUGGAGGAAUAGUUUAUUCAGAUUCGUAUGGUUUUUUCAGUAAAUCAAAGUUUCAAAACAAUCAUGCAGUGAAAGGAGGGAUUUGUUUUAAUGAGUGCUUGUUUGGAGAAUCCAAUCAAUUUAUUAAUAAUAAGGCAAGCUAUUCUGGAGAUGUGGUUUUCUAUGGAACCUUGCCGAAUCAAGAACCUAAACUUUCCAUUACUCAUAUUGGAUCUAGAAAUUUGCAAAGUGUAGAGUAUAGAAUUAUUGGAAGAGAAACUCCAUUCAGUUCUAAUGAAUUCAAUAUCAUUUCUCUCUAUCCAGGCCAAUCUGUAACUGUCUCAUUUUCACUAAUUGACUAUUUCAAUAAUACUUUACAAAAUUCCCUAACUCCUCCUUCCAUUUCCUUAAAUUCAAACAGUACACACAGAAUUGUUACAAAUUCAUUAGAUCUCUAUAACAAUACUGUAUUCAAUAUCUUUAUUCAAAAUACGAAACUGACUGACAAACAAGAACUUGUGAAUGUGACAGUUCAAUUUGUAGACAGAGAUUUUUCAUUUAAAAUUGGAAUUCAAGUGGAGAAGUGUCCUUUUGAUUAUUCAAUUGAUACUUCCACAGGAGUUUGUGUUUUCAAAGCACAUACUGCAAUUAUUUUGGCAGCUGUUUUCGGAUUUACCAUUUUAUUGGUGCUAUUAAUUAUUGGAAUUGUGUCAUGCAUUAAAAUAGUUCAGACCCUCAUCAAGUUCUAUAACAGAGAACGAAAGGAGAAGAAAAUUGCUUUUAAAUUAAUUGACAAGCAAUUCGUAUUUGGAGAUGAAUCACCACUCUUGAUUAAUUUACUGACCUCCAAUGCUAGUAAUAUUAUUAUUCCAAUAGAAGAUAUUGAAAUUGUAAAGAGAAUUGGGGAAGGAGCGAUGGGUACUGUUUUUUUAGCAAAUUGGAACGAAACUAAAGUUGCGCUGAAAAGUAUCAAGACUGAAAGUAGUGAGAUAUCCAAUGAUGAGUUUGAACAUGAGGCAAGCCUUUUGAAUAGCUUGAGGCAUCCAAGUAUUGUGAGGUUUUAUGGGGUUACCCUUUCGAAUACUAACAAGUAUAUGGUUGUGGAAUAUUUGGAAAAUGGAAGUUUAGAUUCUAUUAUUGCACAAUGCAAAUGUGGAAGGAAAAAUCUUGAUUUGAAAAGUAAGAUUGAAAUUUUGAAAGGAAUUGCAAGUGGUAUGGAUUAUUUACAUUCACUGAAACCAAGAGCACUCAUUCAUAGAGAUUUGAAACCAGGCAAUAUUUUACUAGAUUCAAAUUUGAAUCCCAAAGUAUGUGAUUUUGGAUUAUCCAAAUUGACUUCAAGUUCAGGAAGCUCAACCAUGACAAUGAACUUGGGAACUUUUCUGUAUAUGGCUCCAGAAAUUAUUGGAAGUGGACAUGAAAUUGGAAGUGCAAUUGAUGUUUAUAGUUUUAGUAUGAUAAUGUAUGAAUUAUUCUUUGAGGAGAAACCUUACUAUCCUUCGAAUUCGAUCAAGAUGAGGAAAGUCAUUUCGAAUACAUUGGAUAGUAGAGAAGGAGAUCUGCAACAAUUUUCCUUUUCAAUACCAAUGAGAGUAGUGAAAGGUGAGAGACCAGAUAUUCCCUGGAAUAACUCAACUGAGCUAGAAACUUGGAUUGGAGAAUAUGUGAAAUCAAUCGAAAGUGAUUUAAAUUAUUCGAAAGUAUGCUCUCAAUACAUUGACCUCAUGAAACAAUGUUGGGAUCAAAAUCCCCACAACAGACCAACCUUCAAACAAAUAACUCAAGCAUUGAAUCAAUUAAUCUUCACAAUCCAUCUUUAA